AGCCCCAGCCGUAACAGCAGAGCUUCUGCGGAGCCGGAGAGAGCUGUCCGCGCUGGGAGAACCCCCGGGACCCAGCAGAGCCAUGGCUCGUCUCCCGCACCUGGCCAGCCCUCUCCAGCUGCUGCUGCUGCAGCUCUCCACGCUGGUUGCUGUGUCCUGCUCUGGAUUAUAUGAGAAAAACCCUUCUUUACUGAGUCCCCCUCCCAGACUGUCUCAAGGCAAAAAUGUGAUGGUGUCAUCUGAUCAGUCUUCCAGUCCAGAAACCUCUUGUACCUAUGGGUCCAUCUGCUCCUGGGUAACAUCUACGGACACCUCCGGAAAACCAGACUGGGUACCAUCUUCAGUGAGGGCCUUGGUGUGGCAGCAGCAGCGUCAAGUUCUGGAGAACCAUUCAUCCAGAGGAGACAUAGAAGGGGACAUUCUCCUCCUAAACACCAGCAGGUUCUUGGAUAGAUGUGAGUUCAGUCUGCAUAGCCCCAUCCUGCCAUGGAGCGUGGAGUCCUGCUUGCUGGAGUUGGCCAUAUAUUCACAGGGCACUGCUCCUGCUCUUCAGGGAUUCACAGUUGAAAUCCGACAUGUGGAGACAAACCGGAACAUAAUCAUCCCUCUGAGAGCUGGGCAAGAGGAGAACACCUGGGUCAAGUGGAAAGUACUCAUGGCUCAGAUCGGUGAAGUGGAGAGGCCUUUUGAGAUCUCCCUGCUGUAUUCAACCUGUGGAGCACAAGGGGCUGGGCUAUUGGCAUUGGGCUCCUUGCAGUUCAGGGACUGCUUCCAUGAAAAAGAAAGCAAGAAUCUUUCCACAUCCAACAAGGGCUCCACUUUCCCGUGCCCACGUGGGGGCUGUGUCAGCCACCUGCAGGUCUGUGAUUUUCACAGUGAUUGCCCUACCAAAGAGGAUGAAGAGGCCAUAUGUGCAGACAGUCUCCCAGCAGGAGCACACUGUUCUUUUGAGCAGGGUCCCUGUGGCUGGAUAUUGAAUGACACUGCAUCUCCUUCCUGGUCCAUCAGGGGCUUUGAAGAAAUGACACAAGAAGCUCCAUUCAUGGGAUCUGCCUUGCUAGCCACCAGAGGGCACUUCCUGUACUUGCGAGCAGACAGCAAUCAGACAGGUGAUGUUGCCAGGGCUUACAGUGCCAGCCUGCCAGCCAGUCUUGCCAGUGGAGACUACCAGAUCCAAUUUUCAGUGCAUAUUUUUGGCAGUUACAAUGGCACCAUCUCGUUCUCUGUCCAGGAAGAGACAGGUGGAGUCAGUAUCUCCCCUCUGGUGUGGGAAAGAACAGGGAGCUGGAGCGACCGCUGGUUUCUCAUUACACUGCAAAUGCCAGUGCUCCAGAACAAGUUUCACCUGCAGCUUUUAGCAACCUGGGGUUGGAAUUCCCAAGCUGACAUUGCGAUGGACAAUAUUACUUUUGGAGUGGGCUGCUUCCCUGUUGGAAGAAGACAAAGCCAUUCUGCUGGAAAGCACCAAUACCCACGGGAAAUCAGUAUCAUGGAUGAGAAUCUCUUGAACCCAUUGGAAGAGCCCUCCCUUUCAGGAAAUGUGCCUGUUGUUCUUUGGUGGUUCACAACCUGUGGUUCCAGUGGCCCCCGAGGACCAACUCAAGCACAGUGCGACAGCGCCUAUUACAACACCAACAUCUCAGUGACUGUAGAGAAAGAGGGACCACUCCGAGGGGUGCAAGUGUGGAGAGUGCCAGCAACAAACCGAUACUUGAUAUCUGCAUAUGGAGCAGCCGGAGGGAAAGGAGCCAAGAACCACAAGAAGAGAUCGCAUGGGGUCUUCAUCUCCGCCACCUUCCAGCUGGAGAAAGAUGAGCUCCUCUACAUCUUGGUGGGGCAGCAGGGGGAGGAUGCCUGCCCAGGGGGGAAUGUUCAGACCCAGAAGAUUUGCCUGGGGGAGUCAUCUCUCAUUGAAGAAGAUUACAAACUGAAAAAGGAUCUGAAGGACUGGGCUGGAGGAGGGGGUGGAGGUGGAGGAGCCACCUUCAUCUUUAGACUGAGGGAUGGGGUUUUCGAACCGUUGCUCAUCGCUGCAGGAGGAGGGGGAAAGGCAUACCUGAGAGAUCAGGACAGCUCCCUGGAUGAUGUGCCCCUGGAGCAAUUUGAGAACACCACAGCAGUUCCUGGAGUCAAUGGGAGAACUGGGGCAGCAGGUGGAGGUGGUGGCUGGGAAGACACCACCCUGUUUCCUCAGACUGGGAAGUCCCUCCUGGAGGGUGGAGAGGGAGGCCAGGCCUGUCCCCAGUCACUAGCCAAACUCCAGUGGGCCACCUCAGGUGGUUUUGGUGGAGGAGGAGGAGCUUGUACAUCUGGCGGGGGCGGUGGAGGCUACAAAGGUGGGCAUGUAUCGGAUGUUGAUGAUAUCACAGCUGAUGGGCAGGAUGGUGUUUCCUUUGUGAAUCCAGCUGGGGAGAUCUUCCUGCAUCCCCUGGCAGCCAUGGAGAGCCACGGGGAGGCGGAGAUUCAGGUCUACCUGAACUGCAGCCACUGCCACUCGGGCAACUGCAAGCGGGACCUUGACACCAAUCUGCCUAUCUGUAUUUGUGAGAUGGGAGCCGUGCUGGCCAGUGACAAUGUCACCUGCAUAGUUCCUCACAGCCCCAUCCCAGAGGGACACCUUCCUCUUCCACUCCUCUUAGCUGUGGUCAUUGUGAUUGCAGUGCUUGGAAUGGCUCUGGCUUGUGGCAGCCUAUCCAUCGUUUAUCACCGUAAGAAGCAGCAGCUGGAAGGAGCCAGAGCACGACUGCAGAGCCCAGAAUAUAAACUAGGCAAAAUCCGCACCUCCACCAUCAUGACUGAUUACAACCCCAACUACUGCUUUGCAGGGAAGGCUGCCACGCUGAGCGAGCUGAAGGAGAUCCCCCGGAAAAACAUCUCCCUGCUUCGGGCCCUAGGGCAUGGUGCAUUUGGUGAGGUUUAUGAGGGGACUGUGAUAGGAAUCUCAGGGGAUCCCAACCCUCUUCAGGUUGCUAUCAAGACAUUGCCAGAAAUCUGCUCUGAGCAGGAUGAGAUGGAUUUUCUGAUGGAAGCGCUGAUAAUCAGUAAGUUCAGUCACCAGAACAUUGUGCGGUGCAUUGGCGUGAGCCUUCAGACACUGCCUCGCUUCAUUCUGCUGGAGCUCAUGGCCGGUGGAGAUAUGAAGAGCUUCCUUCGGCAGAAUCGACCCCGGGUGAAUCAGCCAUCCACUCUGAUAAUGCAGGACCUGCUGAACAUAGCCUGGGACAUUGCUUGUGGCUGCAAAUAUCUGGAGGAGAACCACUUCAUCCACAGAGACAUAGCUGCAAGGAACUGCCUGCUGACCUGCACUGGGACAGGACGAGUAGCCAAAAUUGGUGAUUUUGGAAUGGCCCGAGAUAUAUACAGGGCAAGCUACUAUCGCAAAGGAGGGAGAGCCAUGCUGCCUGUCAAGUGGAUGCCACCAGAGGCUUUCCUAGAGGGGAUCUUCACCUCCAAGACUGAUACCUGGUCCUUUGGCGUGCUGCUGUGGGAGAUCUUCUCAUUAGGCUACAUGCCCUAUCCUUGCAAAACCAACCAGGAGGUGCUGGAAUUUGUCACUAGUGGAGGAAGAAUGGAUCCACCAAAGAACUGCCCAGGGCCUGUUUACCGGAUCAUGACGCAAUGUUGGCAGCACAGUCCGGAGUACCGGCCCAAUUUCUCCACCAUUCUGGAAAGAAUCAAGUACUGCACACAGGAUCCUGAUGUGAUCAACACAGAGCUGCCCAUUGAAUGUAGACCAGCAUCAGAGGAUGAGGGGAGCUCUGUGAUGUGCCCAAAUAGUUCCAGUGGGAUGGUCCCUUUGCUGGUGAACCCAUCCCUCACACCUCAGCUGGCUCCCAUAACAUUAGAAACCCAUCAUGCAGGGCAUAAAGCUGGACGUCCACAGGAGCUGCUGGUGGAGAACCUUGGCAAUUGGACUGGCAGAGGUCCCAGCCUACCGUGCCUCACUGAUUCCAGCAGCAGGUCAUGGUUCCAACAGACGGCGAACCAGAGGCUGGAAUCAAGCAGUCAGCCGGCACACAGACCACACAACACCAAAAACCUUUGGAACCCAACCUAUGGAUCCUGGGUGAUGGAGAAUAUCUGCCGCUCCUGUCCCAACGCCAAGCUCAAAGCAACCACAGAGCGAGAAGAUUCAGGUUUUGAUGGGAACUGCAGCUCCUCCCCUAGUUCUCGGGCAUCUCCAGCCUCUCCGAACAGAAGCCACUGUCUUCACAGGAAUAUUGGUGGGAUAGAACUGGUGAAGCUCCAGACUUUCCCCUGCGGCAAUGUGAAUUAUGCGUAUGAUGAUCUCUACUAUGUCACUGAUGGGCCUUCAGCUUUGGCAGUGGGUAGACCAGGUGUGCUGAGGAGCACCAGUCUGCACAGGGAUGGGAAGCCUUUUUGUAAGCCAGAGAAAACAUCAAGAGAGAGGGACUCUGGCCUCUCCUUGUCAGACGACCUGAGUGUUACACCUGUAUAACAGGAGAUGUUCUACCAAAGGUCAGGACCUCACACUGGGCGUGUAUGUAUCUGAAAGGGCAAACUGAAAUGUCUUCUUUGGUCUCUUAUUUCCUCCAUUCAGCUUUCAGAUGGGUAAUGUUUUAACAUCAGAAGUGUUCUGCUGCACCCUCCGACACACUGGAUUCCCAAUCUAAUGAGGAAAAUUGAACUUGCUACUUCAGUCCAUCAAGAGUGUUCCCUCCUAUUGAGCCAGUGCCACUGAUUUCAGGAUAUAAAUAACAAUGGCUUUGUUGCACUGACUCAGAGUCCGGUGUUCAUGAAAGGAAUCAUUCUCAAUCUGCUCAGGUGAAAAAAAAAAAAAAAAAAAAAGAACCUACCAUCCAAUUGUUACAGUUGGCUGGAAAUGACAAACAACAUAACCACUCUUUUGAUCUAACAUACCAAAAAUUACGUGCUGUGGCAGCAGCAAACUCAUAAAGGCCAUUGUGUUCCCCAGAGCUUUGCAUGUUCCAGUGAUGCUGGUGCACUGACAGGGAAGUAACCAAAUAUAGCCACGUUUGCACUUGCUUGAUCGGCAGAAAUACCAGAAGAACAUUAAAUUGAAAUCAAUGCAGCAACUGAGAAAAACAGAAAAAGUGGGAGGGGAAAAUAUUAUUUCAGGCUCCUCCGAGAUCAUGUUUUAAAAAAGAUGAAGAGAAAAAUUACGUAUUUAAAAAAAAAUAAUUAAUGGAGUUGAUUGCAUCCCUUUGACUGGUAAAGAAAACUUGCUUCUUACCUCAGGGGCUAACUUACCUCACAGUUCCUGACCUUGGAGGUUUGGGAAAAGUUCUAAUCAAUGCUCAACUCCACUACGUUGUGAGAACUGGACUUCUCUUUUCUUUAAAUGGACUUUACCUGGGAUGAACUUUAUUUUUAAAAGGACUCUAGUAUUCAGCAAUAAUAGCCCAUGGCUAUAAACUGAAGAUUUAGGGCCAUUACUGUAGAAUGCUGGGUUCUUGAUGUUGUUUAUUUUAAAUACAGAAUAUAGAAACUCCUCUGAAGUGGACUUCACUGAGACAAGGAGGGCAUCUUGAAGGGAAACCACCAAGAAGUGUUUUAUUUGAACAUAAAUCUUAAAAUGCCUUGCAGGAUUGGAUACUUCAGCCCCCUGGGAAGUCCAAACAACAGCUUGGUUUUAUGCACCAGUCUCUCCUUUUGGGGAAUGCUUACAGCAGAACAUGGUUUCUUCUUGACCUCUUAAUAGUACAGCCCUGUCAGUUAAGAAGGCAGGUCCCUGUUCUGGAAAAAGAGUUGUUAUUUAAAAGGCUUCCUACUGUAAUUUGCAGUUAACCUGAUAUUUACUGGUUAGAGCCUUCCAAACAAAGAGACUGAAAAGGUAAAGACAGCACUCGUUAUACGCCCAAAAACAUCUCAGAAGCGCUUUGCCCUUGUGCCAUUUCUGAAUUCCCGGCUGCCAACGUUCAGGUAACAGGGGAGGGUUAGCUGUGUGGAGGGAGGAUGGAAAGAGUGCCGCGAAACUUUAUUGAUCUGUAGAGUCUAUCAGAAGUGCAGCUCCUUCAAUCACCAUCUUUAUGUUUAGUGUGAAAGGAGAGCCCCAAGGAUACACAUAAGUUUCAUAAAGUAGCUGUUCCCUUCAGGCAGGAAACCAAAGUGUGAAUACACCAAGAUCUCUGCCUUACACCUCACCUAUGUUUCCUGAGUGAAGAGUGGCUGCUGCAGUCAUAGUGGUUAGGAUCACUUCACACCCCACAUAGGCAUAUAGUCUGUGUAUGCAAUUUGGCAUAACAAGCAGUCUCCUCGAAAGAGAUGGUUAACUAUAAGCACAGAUUCCAUUUCCUCUGCAGCAACAAUUCAUGUAUGGUGCGGAGAAGCACACAGCUAACGUGGUUGCAUUCUAUUUCACACCAGCAACAAGUGCUGGGUGUCUCCAACUCAGGGUUAAGGUCAGUCAGUGACUUACAGUUUGUCCCAUAGCUUCCUCUACUCUCCAGGACCACUGGCUAUAGAAUGGAUAGUUUCAGACACCAUCAGUUCUCAGCCCCUUUGGUGGUGAUAGGUCCACUUCUACCAAUGGAGCUUGCACUGAGAAAACCAAAUCCAUGUAACGGAAUUAUAGCUCUUGAUGGCCAAAAAUAAUACCUUGUUUUGAUCCUUGGUGUGAGGUAAAUGGAUGUAAGGAUACAGGUAGCUCCCAGAUGUGUGGGAUUGUUCCAGGAGGGAUGGGGCAGAAAUGAAAUGAUUUAAUAACUAUUACUGCUUCUUAGUGGAACUUUUUCCUCCCUUGCCCCCUUCUGCUGUGGUCUUCCUCUCAGAGUUCUGCGCACCCUGUCAUUUAUCCACCUUCCACUCCCAGCUCUGAGACCCUGCUUCCUGGUUACCACCCUUCCAGGUGGGGAGCAAUGGACAGUGUCAGUCCUUGGAUCUCCUCAGUGCAAAUCCUUAACCGACUAGCAGAGGCACUGGUGAGCAAUUCUUCCUCCUCCCAGAGGCUAAGCAUGUUUUCUCCCUCACUUCUAGCUCUACAUGGCCAGCUCUGGUGUAUGCCAACGAGGAGCAACUACUGCUCUGUCACAACUGGCCUGAACCUAUAAGCCUUGAUUCCCCCAUCCCACCUCUGCUCAGUAGCAUGCCUCUGCACUGCAUUCAACUCCAUCCUAUUUCAGGUAACACUCUUACUCCCGUGGCUCACUCAUGGCUCGCUGUUUCCCCAGAGAUACACUAUCAAUAGCUCUUAAAAACUGUUGGCACUCAUAGUAGUGACUUGCUCUUUUCUGCUGCUGCAUGUUUCUCACAAUUAGGAGGGGUCAAGACCUAUUGCAGUGCAGUUUCUUAAGCUUUAAGUCAGCUGCAGUGGAGGUUGCUCAGGGAAGGCAUUUCCCACACUGGUGUGAUUCAGAUACAUGAAGAUCUUUACUUGCUGGUUCUGAUCACACUUCCAUGUGCCAGCGAUGCCUAACCACUUUCAGAUGUCACUGACCUCCAUUAUUCUGGGGGGAUUGGUGGUACAUAUCAAGGAGAAGGUGAUGUGUAGAAAACAGAGCCAGGGGGGUGAGUGAGUGGGGUGGGAAGUAUCAUACUGUCUUCCCUUGCUGGACCUUUUCCUAGUACCAAACUGACUAUGCACUAGACUGCAAAACUGACUAUGGACUAGACAGUUCUGCUUCAUUCUGCAGUGGAGAUGACUACAGGAGACAUACACACGUUCUACCUCCACCCCACAAUCCUCCAAAAUUAAUGACUUUUAAUGAUGUGACAGUGAGGAUCAGAAAUGAGCUAAGAAUGCUGUGGAGUGCCUACGUGCACUGUGGCUAGCUCACACCAGUGCCAUUUCCUCUUAGGAUACACUACAUUGAUUCCCAAAUUUAGAAAGUGAAACAGCGAUUAAAUACAGGGUUAGGAAGUGAGGUGGGCUAAGGCUAAGAAUGGGACACUAUCACCAUCAGUGCUUCUCAGGCCUCCCUCACCACAGCAUCUAGGUGCCAUUGUCUAAAUGUAACAACAUCAAGUCCUUCUAGAAAAAGAACCAAGCUCUCCCCCAUUCCCUUUGGAUAAAAGCCGCCUACUUAUGCAUAGUUGAUUCUAGCUGGAGCCUUCCAGGAGGAGGAUAGAACAUGGAACUGCACAGAUGGAACAGUUACCCACAAUAAUGGGGGCAGGGGGCAGUUCAAAAGCAUCUGAGUUAAGAGCACCAGUCCUAUUGAAGUUCAAUGGGCCUAACUCACUUAGCUGCCUUGGAAAAUCCCACCCACUAAUAUUAUGUAUGACUAUACUAGAGGAGAGCUGUUAAUAAUUCCCCUAUCAUGACGCUGUCUGUCCAAUCCAAAAUCUUAUUACUCUAGGCACAAUUAACCAUACCAAUGACACAUGCCAGUCUUGAGGGCCUAACAUGCUGGGAGAAGCUCGAGCAUGAUAACUCACACUCAGAAUGCCCAAAUUAGAGGAUUACGGGUAGCAGAUUUUUAAUUGCCUUUAUUUAUUUUUUUUAAGAGACUUUCAGUUGAUAGCAAAUGAACGAACCAACGUUGUCAGCAUCAGGCUAGAUUAGCAUGGUAGCUAACGCCCCUAAGGAUUUGGUUUUGGAAGAGGAAGUGCGUGAAAAUGAGACCCUUCCACAGAGUCUUCAAACACUGGUGCGUCAGCCACUCAUGGGAAUGUUGUAUAAAAACCCUGCUCAGCUUGAUGGGUCUUUUAAUCUUUGCAUUUAGCUUUGCGUGAUUAAAAUGGCUUCACGCUGCCAGCGUUUAAUACUGUCUUGAAAUCAGGACCUGCUUUUUUGCUCAUGAGGUUUUAAUCUUACACCUGUUUGCUUUGAUUGAUGAUUUAUGUUGCUUUUUACAACCCCCUUAUGUUACAGUUUAGAGAGGAAACUGUAACACAGAGAAACCAAAUUAAUCAGGAGUCUAACUGGUCUUUCUUUUUGGAAUUAACUUUCUGCCUUUCUCGGCUUCCCUCUCACAACACCCAUUAUAUCCACUUUCCUCAAGGCUCUACACUCCUGCCCCAGCUAGUUUGUAUCUUCUUCUGACACCCACUUUUACAUAAGCUUUAAAGUAAAUAGGCACAGUUUAAAAUACCAUUGACUGAAAAUGCCCUCCCCAGCCCUGCUAUCUUUCCUAAGGUUGGUUCCAUUCUCCCUGGUCCUCCAUCUUGGGCCAGGUCUACAGUAGGAGUGCUUUGCUGAUAUAGCUAUACUAUUCUAGGAGUGCACUCCUUGUAUGGAUGCAGCUUUUGCCAUUAUAGCUUAUCUCUCACACACACGGAUGCACACAAAAUACACUAUACUGCCAAAAGGGCAGAUAUAUCAGUAGAACUGCUUCUACACUAAGCAUUUUUGCCUGCAAAGCUAUGUCAAUCACAGCCCUGACUGCCAUAGGUAUACUAGCAAGGGUUUGCCGUGUAAACCUGGCCUUCCUCUGUCAUCCUAGCCAGUUCACCCUUCCUACCCUACUUUAGAAAAAAAACAAAUCCCAUGCUUAUGAGGGACAAUACCAUUGGGUGUGUCUACACUGCAAUUAAAUGCCCACGGCUGGCCUGUGUCAGCUGAUUUGGGGCUCAAUCUCUGGGGCUGUAAAAUUGCAGUAUAGAUGCUCAGGCUGGAGCCAGAGCUCUGGGACUUCGCAGGGUGGGUGGGUCUCCAGCCCGAGGCCUAAACAUCUACACUGCCAUUUUACAGCCCUGCAGCUGACCCAGGCCAGCCUGUUUAAUUGCACUGUAGACAUACCCGCUGAGACCCUAGAGCCUUGUCCCACUUCUUUAUUUAACUGAAUUGUUUUUGAUUUGUUGUUACCACUGCUUAUGGCAACACUGCACCGACCUACCCUUUGGGUCACUGUAAAUAAGUAGAUACCAAUUCUGCUUCUAUGCAAUUUCAAGCCAGAUAAAUGUAUACUUCAAUAUUUACAAUACAAAAAUAAAGAGAUGCUAACAGUG